AGGGCUGAAACGUUUAGCGCAAAAAGAACAACAAGUGGUCUUACUUUGGUGAUAAAAAUAUAUAUAAAAAAAAAAAACAAACGCAUUCAGUGAGCUUAAAUGUUGAAAUUCAGUUGAUUACCACCAUUCAAAAAUGCCAGCAUACCAUUCGGAAAUCGAAGAAUUCCAGCGGAAAGUGGGUAAUAUGGCCAUAUUGCCGCUGCGAACCAAAGUACGGGGGCCAGCGCCCAGUAUUAAUACUGAUAACGACAUCAUUGAUGAGUCACUGUAUUAUUUCAAAGCGAACGUUUUCUUUCGUACAUAUGAAGUCAAGUCGGAAGUGGAUCGCGUGCUUAUCUAUAUAACUCUCUAUAUAACCGAAUGCUUGAAGCGACUGGAGCGAUGUACAAGCAAGGAGCAGGGUCAACAGGAUCUCUUCUCUAUGGCGAUUGCAAAGUUUGAUUUACCUGGUGACGCCGGGUUUCCGCUAAACUCGGUCUAUGCGAAACCCGAAAAUCCCGACUUAAUGCGUGAAUAUUUGCUGCAGUUGCGCCAGGAGACCGGUAAUAGACUGCUGGAGAAGGUCUUUGAUACCACAGAUGGCAAGCCCAACAAAUGGUGGAUCUCAUUUGCCAAAAGGAAGUUUAUGGAGAAGAGUUUAUCUGGUCCCGGAGAUCGUUUUUAAAAACGACUGUUAAAUCAAUUUGAAGACUGUUAAAAUGUUGUUGCAGCCCUGCCUUGUAACGCGACAGUGUUGCUAAACGUGCUGAAGCCAAAAAUGUGUUCGGACUUUAGGCGCCAAAUUUAAAUCAAACAAAUUAAAGACGAUUUGUAAUCAUUUAUUAAAAAUAUUUUUGCUUUUA